CCUCCUUUGCUUUCUUUCUUUCCUCUUCUCAUCAGCCUUUUUUACUCAGUCAUUUGAACUCAUAACAGAAUUAGAAAUACAACAAUCAUGGCAGCAGACCGUCUGAACAACAUCCUCAGCCACCUGAAACCGUCCGGAAUCAGCGGACUUUCAGCCAUCACCGAGAAGAACCCCGACGAUGUGGUCAUCACUCUCGCGCUCCGGACGCCGCUGACCAAGGCCGUCAAGGGCAGUUUCAAGGACACCGAGCUGGACUACCUGAUCUACGCCUUGCUGAAGGAGGUGCUUGCCAAAUCGAAGAUCGAUCCCAGUCUGAUCGAGGAUGUCUGCUUGGGGAAUGUCAACGACGGCAAAGCGGCCUACCUCGUGCGCGCGGCCUCGCUGGCCGCCGGGAUCCCGCACACGGCGGGGGCUUCCUCGGUGAACCGGUUCUGCUCGUCGGGGCUGAAAGCGGUGCAGGACAUCGCGAACCAGAUCCGGCUUGGGGCGAUCGACGUCGGGGUGGCGGUGGGGGCGGAGCUGAUGUCGGCGCCGAGCGGGGACCGGAUCCCCAAGCCGUUCCACGCGGAGGUCAUGCGGCACCCGGAGGCGGCCGACUGCAUGCAGCCGAUGGGCCAGACGUCGGAGAACGUCGGGGCGGACUUUGACAUCUCGCGCGAGGAGCAGGACGCGUACGCGGCGGAGUCGUUCCGGCGGGCCGAGGCGGCGCAGAAGGCCGGGUGGUUCGACGAGGAGGUCGUCCCCAUCACGACGCAGGUCAAGGACCCCAAGACCGGGGAGGUCAAGACGGUGACUGUGACGCGGGACGAAGGCGUGCGCUACGGCACGACCAAGGAGAGCCUGGCCAAGAUCCGGCCGGCGUUCCCGCAGUUCGGGGAUCGGAGCACCGGCGGCAACUCGAGCCAGGUGACGGAUGGCGCGGCGGCGGUGCUGCUGAUGCGCCGGUCCAAGGCGAUAGAGCUGAACCAGCCCAUCCUAGCCAAGUUCUGCGGCGCCACGGUGGCCGGCGUGCCGCCCAGGGUGAUGGGGAUCGGGCCGACGGCGGCGAUCCCCAAGCUGCUGGCGCAGUUCGGGCUGGCCAAGGAGGAGGUCGAGCUGUAUGAGAUCAACGAGGCGUUCGCGUCGAUGGCCGUCUACUGUCUCCGGAAUCUGGGGCUGGAGCACGAGAAGGUCAACCCCCGGGGCGGCGCGAUUGCGCUGGGCCACCCGCUCGGGGCGACGGGCGCGAGACAGAUCUGUACGAUUCUGAGCGAGGCGCGUCGCACGAAGAAAAGGGUCUUGGUGACGAGCAUGUGCAUUGGGACGGGCCAGGGGAUGGCGGGGUUGUUUGUCAAUGAACAGGUUUGAAUUUGAAUUUGAUUAUGGAGUCGUUACAUCGUGAGAAUUUAGUGAAUCUGG